UCUAUAUUAACAAAUAAUGUGUAGGCUUGCGAUUCGUGCUUCAAUGAUGUGGCGGUAACAGUAUCUGCACAUAGUAUCUGAUAAUACUUUAUAACAUUAUCAUGACUGCCGUAAAUUAUAAUACAAUGAAAUACUUGUUAUAUUUUUUUCUAAUCAUUUAUUUAAAUUUUGGUUUCGCACAAGCCCAAAAUGAAUACCGUUAUGAUGACAAAUUACAAAUUACAGCAACUUCAAUGAAAAUUGAAGACUUAACAUCAACUCAACCUCAAGGCUCUCUUGGGCUCCUACAUGCCUUUGUAGCUUCCUUGUCUGUCAUUGUUGUUUCUGAAUUAGGAGAUAAAACUUUCUUUAUUGCCGCUAUUAUGGCAAUGAAGCAUCCUAGGUUGACUGUUUUUAUAGGAGCUAUAAGUGCUCUUGCUCUUAUGACUAUACUUUCAGUAAUAUUUGGAUAUGCGGCAACUAUAAUUCCACGUACAUAUACGUAUUAUAUUUCAACAGUACUUUUUGCUUUAUUUGGCUUAAAAAUGUUAAGAGAUGGAUAUUAUAUGUCACCAACAGGAGCACAAGAAGAACUUGAAGAAGUUCAAACAGAUUUACGUAAACGAGAAGAUGAGUAUGAAAAAGAAACAUCAACCACAUUAGUUCAGGAUCCAGAAAGUGGUAUUAUAAGAAAAACUACUAAGCGUUCUGCAUUAAUGGUACUUUCUCGAAUAUUUUUACAAGCAUUUACUCUCACCUUUUUGGCAGAAUGGGGUGACCGUUCACAGUUAACAACAAUCAUACUUGCAGCAAGAGAGGAUGUUUAUGGAGUUGUAUUUGGUGGCAUUCUUGGUCAUUCAUUUUGUACAGGCUUAGCUGUAUUAGGUGGACGUAUGAUUGCACAAAAAAUUUCUGUGCGAACAGUGACUAUUAUUGGAGGAUUGGUAUUUCUACUUUUUGCUCUGACAGCUCUGUUUAUAAAUCCAACAGAAAAUACGUGAACAAAUCUACAAUGAUAUUCAAUUCAAUUGGAUUUAUUAAACUCUCUGUGGUAUAAUAUGUGAAUAUGUAUUAUAUACUUACAUAAUAUUUACAAAUCAUAGUAUUAUAAAUAUGUGAACUUUGGUGCACUGUACCAUAAAUGUAUUAUAAACAUUUAGUAUUUUUUAAUAGAUCACAGCAGGAGUAUUUAUAUCAAAAUUGUUUUAGGCGUUUUGCACAUAAUGUAGAUACACAUUGCACGUAGUGAUAAAUAACAGUAACUGUAUAUCUGUAUAAAGUACGUUUUUAAUAUGAAUUUAUGAAUUAAUAUGAAUUAUAGUAAUCAUAUUUUCUAUUAAUAAUGUG